AUGAUCAAGAGUCGAAGUGGCCAAUCCAAGCAAGCUGCCUACCAAUUCGAUGUAAUAUUUAACGGUGAUUUCGAAUCUGUACUCCAUAUUUGCUUAGUGCCUUUGACGGCAGUACUGCUGAGCGUUGGGAUAUCAGUUCUCGCCGAAGAGAUAAAUUCGUACGAUCCUGACUAUGGAACGUUUAUUGGCGAGUUGCCAAAUCUGGCAGAUGGAGAUGUACGAGGAAAAGUCUACGUCGUGAACGAUACGACAUUGCAAAUUGUGAACUUCACCUACAAUGGGAAUGCUCCUGACCUCUACUUCUGGAUGGACCGCAAGGAAAGCCCAACAACAGAUGGCACUAAAGUACCAUCAUUUGAGUACGGGAUAACUCCUCUGGGAAAGUACGAUAAUGCCGAGCAAGUUGUACUAACACUUCCAGGACGGCACAAAAUCAAUAAUUUCAGGAGCUUUUCACUUUUUUGCUUUAAAUAUGAGCAUAAUUUCGGAUCUGUCGCGAUUCCGGAAAACAUUAUCAUUCCACGUCCUCAGUUCUUGUCCAGCGAGCUAAAAGGCAGUCGCUACUCGGUCGGUUCGGGCCCUAUACUGAUUUUGGACAAACGAACAAUCAAGAUUUUCGGGUUCACUUUUGAUGCUGACAAAGCCCCAGAUGGUUACUUCUUCGUCGGGAGAGGCCCUAAUGUUGCCCAUGAUGCUGGAGUCAAGGUGCCGAUCCGAGGAAGGGACACUCCAGAAUUGAUCACAGCCAUGAACGAGCGAUAUCGUGGUGGACAAGAUCUGAUCAUUGACCUACCAGCUGACUACGAUAUCCAACACGUCGACUGGCUGGCCAUCUACUGCUACAAGUUCCGUGUUGAUUUCGGCCAUGUAGCCAUUUCGAAUGUUUCGUCAAGGAUUCCACCUUAUGUUCCUCCCCAGAAACGAUUCGACGACAUUUCUCCCGUAGAUGGAUGGCCUACAAUAUCAUUACUUGGAAAUGAAAACAGGCGGAACUUCACUUUUCAACUGGGAGUACCCGGAGGGAAAAAGGGAUAUCAGGCAAUGGCACGUGCUCGACCUGCUAAAUAUGUUUGGUACGUAAACGGACUUCUCGCAGAUAUCUAUCUCAAGCGAGGAGUCACCUACUCUUUCAUUGUCGAGGGAGGAUCCGACAAGUCUACAUCCGAGUUUUACAAUCCUCUGUACAUCACUGAUAACCAGUCUGGUGGAUACGGGAAACUGAGCAAUGAAGAGAAAGAGCAAGUGAACCUGUUCUCCGGAUCUGAUCCGUCACGAGUGGCUGGCCGGUUGUGUGUUUGGACGAGUGACGACAAUGUGGAUCCAACAGAGUUCUCUACAUUCACCGAAUUUCGGAAAACGUUACGUUUGAAAUGCGAGACAGAUAAAGUGGCUGCCUACUUCCAAUUCACUCCUGACGAGAAAACUCCUGAUACCCUAUAUUAUCAGAGUUACUCGCACUACAACAUGGGUUGGAAGAUUCAUAUUGUAAACGAGUUACCGACAACAAUCCCAGAUGUAAAGGAAGAGCCGUACAUAUACGAACAAUGGCUGCAAACACAGAAUAAAAUGGCUAUGGUCCUCAAACCUUUCAAUUCAAACAAUGGAGCUAUGACAAGGGAAGCGCGAAAUUCUCACUACGAGACACUGGCAUCCUCCUUGACGUUAUACUGA